AAUUAGCGUGGAAAAUGUUACAGUGUCAUCUUGUCAUUGAAUAGGAGCAGUUAAUCUCGAACGUUACGUAAAUCGUAAUCUACUUAAUAAUCUUAAAUUCAUGAUAUGGUCUAAACUAAAGCUACUAAUUCAUGGCUUGAUCUACUAUGUUUUGUGGUUUGUGGUCAAUUCUCUCAAAUAUUUUUUCAUUAGUAUAAAUUUCCAGAUGAGACACGGCUAUAAUCAAUCCAUUGGAGAUUUGGAAUGCCUAAAAAUCCUUUUAGUAUGUGUGUUGACAUAAAAGAGGAAGAAUUUAAAAUAAAAUUUAUUUCAAGAACAUUUAAUGUGAAAAUAUUUUUGUUGGAUUUACUUCCUUAUAUAGAUGAUAUUGCUGGUCAAAAUUAAACGUAGUUUCCAUAAAAGUAAAUACUCCAAAAACGGCUCCGGUCGAGACCAAGGCGCGUGGACGAUCUUCACCACAUCCUACAUGGCCUUUACUGAUUGGAUACAAAAAUGGCUUUAACUCCACGCGCCACUGUCUUAAAACCUUCUCUUGCUUAAUAACCUUAAACUUGUUCCUCUUUUUUUUUGGGGGUUUUCAAUAACCUUAAACUCACCUCUCUCUCAAAAAUGGCGAUCUCACCCGUACUAUUCAUUGGUUUGAUGUGCCUCGCAGGCGGUGGCUCUAUUUUUCCGGCGGUGGAGGCAAUAUGGUUAACGGUUCCAACUUCAGGAGAGAGAUGCGUCUACGAAGACAUCCAAGCCAACGUGGUCGUUGUCCUCGAUUACAUUUGCAUCGACGAGUCUUUCACUCAACUUGGUCCAACAUUAGAUGUUCGGGUAACAUCUCCGUAUGGUAAGGAACUAUACAAGAUAGCAAACGUGACUCACGGUCAGGCUGCCUUUACAACGAGCGAGAGUGGAACAUUCUUAGCUUGUUUAGCAAUGCAUCACGACCAGACACAUCACUCAGUCAAUAACUCUGUUAUCGUCAGUCUUGAUUGGAAGAUGGGUAUCAGAGCCAAAGACUGGGAUUCUGUUGCCAAGAAAGAAAAGAUCGAGGGUGUGGAGCUUGAGAUUCGAAAAUCUACAGAAUACGCAAGUGCUAUUAGGGCCAACAUACUCUAUUUGAGAAUCAGGGAAGCAUAUAUGAGGGAAAUAAACGAGAAGACAAACCAGAGGGUAGCUCAGCUCGGCUUUAUGUCUUUCGGACUAGCUUUUGGCGUUUCACUUAUUCAAGUUUGGCAUCUCAAACGCUUCUUCCUCAAAAAGAAGCUUCUUUAACUUUUAUUCUCUACUAUUGUUUUAGAAAAUAUUGCAGUCUUGUGGCUCUUUUGGGGGUAACUAUAUAUAGUCAUACCAAAUCAAUAAAGAAACACAUGCUUUUGUGCAUGAUAGUAUUUUUAUCUACUGAUCACAAGAAACUUUAUACAAUCUUCUAAGAAUUAUUUAUGCAUUCGUCUAUAUAUCUAUAGACAAAGAAUAUCAUCAAUACAUGAAUGUCCAUCUAAUUUAUCUAUCACCGUUAAAUAUUUCACAAAUGAGACUUAAUUGGUACACCGUUUACAAAGUAUUUUGCUAAUGAAUGUCAAAGGCAAAUGAUGAUCAUGAUUGGCGUUAUUAGGUCAUUUUGGGACUUCAAUGUCCAACGCCAGUUUAAAAGUAGGAUCAAUAAUGGCAAAACUGUUAACAUUACAAGACAAGAUCAUGUGGCUACGAUUCUUCGGAAUGCCUUUCAAGCUUCUAUGUAUACUGUCUGGAAAGAAAGAAACAAUCGCCUCCAUUCUUCUUGCUCAAGACCAGCGACUGCUCUAAUCCUCGAGAUUAAAAAUCUUAUUCGAUGUCAUUUGGAUCAUUUGUCUCGAGCUCAAAACUUGGGACGCCACGGCAUCUCUUUCCUCGCUUCUUGGUUCGCUUUUUUCAAUUCUUAAUGUGCUCUUGGUUGUAUGUUAUGAAUUUGCUGUAGGUGUAUCUCAUUAUAGGAGGCACUUUGUAUUCCCCUGUCCAAGUUUUCUUGGUUUCUAUGAAAGGUAUGUUUCAAGGAAAAAAAAAAAAAAAACUGUUAACAUUACUAGUGAAUUUUUGUACAGUGCUAUUAAUAUUUGUACUGUUAUUAGCUUUUGAUAAUGACCAAUAUCGCCAACUCUGCGUAGCGGGGACGUAACGCCCAUGUUUAGGCUAGUUGCCGAAUUGGUUGAGAUGUUAUUUGAAUCUUUCACAUAUGAAUCACUUUGUAUGAAUUACGGGAAAUAUUAUCUCAUAUCAAGGACAUCGAAGAUUAACAUUUUAAAUGUGUCGAAAAAGAGAAAUUUCAGAGAGAGUUUUU